GGUCUCUUCCUCCUCCCUCAAGCAAACUUCUCUCCUUUCAUUCUCUCUCAGACGGUCGCCUGACUCAGCGAGUUGCAGCCAUGGAUGGUGGUGGAGAAGGAACUCAGCAGCCUCACCUCGUUCUUGCUCACACGCUAUUCCUUCUUACUCACCCCGAUGUGCAGGACAUCGAGAAGGUCCGGCUCAAGGACGAGGUCUUAUCUUCGAUCAAAGCCGACGAUAUGGCUCCGUUAUACCAAACCCUAGCGGCUUCUUCCGUGCUGGAUUUGGAUCAGAGCUUAUUGGAUUCUAUGCGGGCGAAGAACGAGGAGGAGCUUAAGAAGUUCGAUGAGAAGAUUGCAGAUGCAGAAGAAAACCUUGGCGAAAGUGAAGUCCGUGAAGCUCAUCUUGCUAAGGCUUUGUAUUACAUCAGGAUAAGUGACAAGGAGAAAGCUUUGGAGCAACUCAAAGUCACGGAAGGCAAGACUGUGGCUGUUGGGCAAAAGAUGGACUUAGUGUUCUAUACAUUGCAGAUUGGUUUUUUCUACAUGGACUUUGAUCUUAUAUCGAAGAGCAUCGAUAAAGCAAAGAACUUGUUUGAAGAGGGUGGUGACUGGGAAAGGAAGAACAGAUUGAAGGUGUAUGAGGGCUUGUACUCCAUGUCCACUAGAAACUUCAAGAAGGCGGCUAGCUUGUUUCUGGAUUCGAUCUCUACCUUUACCACUUAUGAACUUUUCACAUAUGACACCUUCGUGUUUUACACUGUCCUUACAAGCAUCAUAUCUUUGGACAGAGUCUCUCUUAAACAAAAGGUGGUUGAUGCUCCUGAGAUCUUAACAGUGAUAGGAAAGAUUCCAUUCCUCUCGGAGUUUCUGAACUCCCUGUAUGGCUGUCAAUACAAGGCAUUUUUCUCAGCAUUUGCUGGGCUUGCGGAGCAGAUAAAGUUUGAUCGGUACCUGCACCCGCACUUCCGGUUUUAUAUGAGGGAAGUCAGAACUGUCGUGUAUUCACAGUUCUUGGAAUCAUAUAAGAGCGUCACGAUCGACGCCAUGGCAAGGGCAUUUGGUGUGACAGUGGAUUUCAUCGACCUGGAGCUGUCACGUUUCAUAGCGGCGGGAAAGCUUCACUGCAAGAUCGAUAAGGUUGCAGGUGUUUUGGAGACUAACCGUCCCGACGCGAAGAACGCACUCUACCAGGCGACCAUCAAGCAGGGUGACUUCCUUCUUAACCGAAUCCAGAAGCUCUCUCGUGUCAUCGAUCUCUGAGCAUCGACUGUAGAAUUUUCUGAUUUCGGGUGGAAAAACUGGGAAAUUUGAGGGAUGCCUGCCCUUUGUUUUAUUGAGGUUAGAUUCUCUGGUUCGUGUUCUGGUUUUUACCUGAAAGAUUGGUUAUGAUUCGACGUCGUUUUAGGUUCUGUUUGUACGUUCAAAAGUUUCGUUACGACCACCACUUCCGCAACUAUACGCAGGCAAACUGUUUUAUGCUUCA